CUAAAAUUAAAUGCAUUUAAAUAAUUGAAUACAAAAUUACCUAAAAAAAAAUGUAUAGCUAAUUUAAAUUUAAUUGCGUUAUUAUUGUGCGAUAAAAGUUGUUGAAUUAUUUCCAGUUUUAUUAUUAGUACUUUGAUAAUAGAAGAUUAUUUCUAAUUUUAUUCUUAGUACUUCGAUAAUUAUUAUAGAUAUUGACAUAUUGUUUGAUUAUCAAAAAUGAACUAAUGCACGUUCACUCUGUAUUGUACGUUCAUCGAUGACACUUAUAACUUUUAACAUAAUACUUUCUAUCUAAUCUAUGAAAAAAUCACUCAAUUCAAGCGUAUAAUGUUUUUGGUAAAAUCGAAAACAUUUAAUUAUUUUAAAGUUUCAAAAAGCUGUAACUCAUUCAAUUUUAGGUUUAGAAUUAUGGUCAAUGGAUCAAAAUUACUUAGAAUAAAAUAAUCUAUCCAUAUCUGGUGACAAAAAUAGGUGUUGCAAUUUAAAAAAAAAUUUGUAUUGCUCAUGCGCAUACUACAAGAGUUAAAAAUUUGAAAUUUGUCCUUAAAUGUGUUUUUCAGUACCCCUUAGCUAUUGCAGCAAACCGUAUUUCAAUCUAAGAUUAUCGGGCUGAGAUAUUUAGUGGUACAUUUAAAACGGGACACACUGUAUAUAACGAAUCACAUUAUCUACAUAUAUUAAAACAAAUAUUAAUACCCAAUGCAUUGUUUUUUAACAAAAUCAAACUAGUUUUUACUAAAAAUAGAAUAAUGUGUCAUAUUAAAAGAAUAAUUGAUUUAAUCAAAAAUAAUGACAAUCAAAGUACAAGCAUAAAUACAUAAGUUAAUUCUGUAAUAUUUACAAUAUUAUAUUUGUAUUAUAUUACCAUCUUUCAAAACACCAACAAAUUGUACAAUAAGCAUAUAGGAUAAGAGUUAAAACAUGGAUUGCUUGAAUAAGAACCCACCCAUUAGUGGGCACUUACUUGACUUGAUGUUUAGGGUAAUUAAGGAGGGAUAUUUAAUUUAAAUGGUCACGACACCAUUUCCUUUUGAGUCUACGUUGUAGAAUUCCAGGGAGUGAGAAGGUUUGGUAAUUAGCUCUUUUAUUAGUGGGUUAGGGUGAUUUUCAAGUCUGUCAAAAAUACGUUUGUAAAAAAGUUUCACUUCAGUUACAACAGGUAGAAUUCCAAGAUCUUAGUGGAGAGUUAAGUUAGAGACAAAGAAGGGAGCGUUAGUGAUUUAAGAUUUUAAUGAUCGUGGUACUUGCUUAAUAAUACGACAAUAGUGAUCUAGGCGAUACCAGCGCUCUCUAUUAACUCUCUCUUAUUUUAGAACUUCCUGGCAACGGAUUUUAAAAGCUUCUCAAUAUAUAAUUGUUAUCGCGUCACAAUGUCAUGUAACUCUAAUAUUGUAGUAUAGGUAUAGUGUGUUAGGUAUACCUACUGAUUAGUGUACGGUUUUAUUUGUUUGUGUUAACUUGAACGUAUAUUUUUAUAAUAUUUUUACGAAUAGGUAUUUACAGGUAAACAAUGAAAAUUGCAAGUAGGUGUUAGUAGUGUUUUCUAUGUAUACCUAAAAAAAAAAUUAACCUUAAUAUCAUAACUAUAGGUACAGAAACUAAGGAUACAAAUCUAUAAAAAUUUAACAAGUUCAAAAUGUUUUCAAUAAAUAAACGUAUGAUGCGAAUGAAAUUUCACUAUUUUCUUUAUUUGGGUGGUGUUGCUUCUAUCGUAGGAUUUUCUCCGACCAUAGCUAAACAAAUGGGCUAUUCACCAAUGUUAGUUGGUUACCUUUACACAUAUCUAUCUAUUUUAUCCUUUCUAGUCAAGCCUAUUAUUGGAAUCAUAGUUGAUAAAUUUCGAGUGAAAAGAAUCAUGUUUCUAGCAUUUGUCUUAACGUGUGGUCUAACAGCAUUUGCGUUAAAUUUUAUUCAAAAACUACCAACGGAAACUGCUGCGAUUUUAAGUUGUAACACCACAACAGUAUUGAACGUUUGUUCAAACGUUGCAGGCCAGUUGCCUGAAUGUGAUGAUAGUCUAUCUAAACUCUUAACAAAUAAUUCUGGGUCGAUUACAUGUCAAUUGUUUUGUCAGCCAAAUAAAUCAUUUCGGGAUGAAAUAUGUAAAUCUUGGAGUAAGGAUUAUUGUAUUCCUCAAUACAACAAGGAUACAAACAAUAAUCUUGAACAUUAUAAUGUAUCUUUGUUUAAAAGUAUAACAGAUCAGAUAGAAAACAAUUUCGGGUUUGAAGUAAAAAUGGUGCAGUUCAUGAAAAACCAGGUUUUAUUAUUUCCCUCGUGUCUAAAACCAGUGAGCACUGGAUGUGAGAUCGACUGCUCGAAUGAUGUUAUAAUGGAAUUAGCUACUGUUACAAAGUUCGAAGGGAGCAUUUUCGGCUUACACCAGUUCUGGGAAUAUUUCAUUGUUAUGAGUUUGUUUUGGGUUGGUCAAGCAAUCACUUGGAGUCUUCAAGAUCCAAUUUGCUUUGAUCUCUUAGGUGUGAAACUUGAAGAUUUUGGUAAGCAAAGGUGUUGGGGAUCUAUUAGUUGGGGACUUUUCUCAAUAUUUGGCGGAGCACUUGUUGAUUAUUUUAGUGAUAGUGAUAUUCACAAGAACUACUCUCCUAUUUACUAUCUAUGUCUUAUAAUCGUAGUCUGUGAUUUCGUGGUAGCUUACAAAAUAAAAAUUACUGAGACAAUUGGAUCUAAAAAUACACUAUCUGACGUAUUCAAAUUGCUAACAAAUGUGAAUAUAGUGAUAUUUUUUGUGUGGAUCAUAUUAAUGGGUGUUUGUACGUCUAUGGUGUGGAAUUACCUUUUUUGGUAUAUGGAGGAUUUAACUCAGAAGUAUCAUAGUGAAAAGCAAUUGUGGAUAAAAACAUUACAGGGUUCAGCCAUAGGAAUCCAAUGCAUUGGUGGUGAAAUGCCAUUUUUAUUUUUUUCUGGUUGGAUUAUCAAACGAAUUGGUCAUUCGCAAUGCAUGGCGUUAGGUCUUUUCACUUUUGCUGUUAGGUUUUACCUGUAUUCUAUUAUAACAAAUCCUAUUUGGAUACUGCCAGUUGAAUUCACUAACGGAAUCACAUUUGGAUUGUGCCACGCUGUAUUGAUGGAAUACGCAAGAAUCGUUGCUCCUGCAAGUGCUGUAACUACAGUGGUAGGAUUUUCAGGAGCACUGUUUGAAGGUGUCGGUAUAUCUUUAGGUGGUUUAAUAGGUGGAUUUUUUUACGAAAAAUUUGGAGGAGUAUCAACAUUUAAGUUAUUUUCUUGCGGCUCCUUAUCGAUGGGCAUUCUUCAUGUUAUAUUUAUUGUGUUUAGUAAGACAAAUGUAAAUGGUAUAGGCACGAUAAACUGAAAUGAUUUUUGUUUAAGUUAAAGCUACGUACCAAAUUUAAUGUUUUUACAAAAUAAGUAUAAAUUGAAAUGCAAAGUAAUUUAUGUAUAUUUAUGUCUUAAGUGCCUACUUAAGUAUCAACCUAUAAUAAUGUUUAAUAACUUAUAAUUUAUAAAAUAUAAUACUUAUUAAUCA